AAUGCCUAAUAACUUAGCGAAAUUUGUAUUAAAGAGAUGUGUACAUUUUAUUGGUUGGAUACUUGUGUAAUUUUCGGAGUUUAAAUUCAAUGACAACCAAGGAUAAGUGAAGCAGCCAUUUGUAAAUGAGUAUUUUAUGGGAAAAUAAAAUAUAAUUGGUUACUGAUUGUGAUCAAAUUGUCAGACAUUUUAUUCAACAUUAUGUGACAUUAGAUGCAAUUUUAGCCAUUAAGGUUGAAAUUAACGAUUAACAUUUAGUUAAGAAAUGAUGAUAAGUUAGAAGACAACAUACAUUUUUUUUUAAAGAGUUCAUACUUUGCAAAAUGACUUGAAGAUUUAAUUGUCAGAUAAAUUAUUGUAUGCAAGAGGAAGACAUUAGUCUGCUAAGAAUAUAAGUUUGAUCAGUGAUUUGGAUAUAAAUCUACUCGAAGACAAAAUGGUGAGCCUUCCAAAACAUUUGUGCAUAACAAGUGUAGAGUUUGAGAUGCCAGCUGGUUCCAGCAGUGAAACAGUCGGUACACAAAGCUCGUAUAGCCAAGUCAGCAACCGAAAUGGCGUUAAACGUGGCAAUGGAAACGCAAAAUAUGGCGGGACAGAAGCGUGGUGGAACGCUGGUGAUUUCUUACCACCAGAGGUCUCUAGUCCGCGGAGUGAGGGUCUGUUUGAUAAAACCAAUGACGACGACACCUGGGAUUUGUCUGACUCGAUAGUUGAUCUCUACAAGGAGGUCAAUAAAUAUGACGGUGUCUUGAAUCAGUCCCCGACAGGUCGAUCCUCCACAGCAGUUAACGUUCACGAAUGGAUUCAGGAGGAUACGAAUAACGGUUUUGUUCAUGUGUUCAAAUCAGAUACCGACACAAACCCUCGGAUGUUUCCAUGUACGUUAACAACAACUGCCCAGCGUUUGUGUAUUCAGUGUGGGAUGCCUCCGAACUCUCUUCAUGUACAAUUGAACGGGGACAUCAUACGGAGACUCGAACCUUUUGACAGUCCCCUCGUGAUUCAGAACGAGUACUUGCAGUGUAUUGGGUACAGUGACCAAAGAAAAAUUCAGGAAAUCGGGGGCAUGGAGGAUUUGCAAUAUCUAGUCAAGUUUUACGCAGGCAAACCAGUUUCAGACAGCACGUAUUCUCGUAAUCAACUCACAACUUUUGUGUAUGUGCGUAAGGGGAAGUUACUCUAUCAGUGGGUACGAAGACUUUGUGUCAUAUCUGGCACACGGCUCUUGAUUUAUCGAGAUAAAACUAAAUCGGGAAAUCCAACUGUUGUCCAGUUAGCAAAGGGUUCCAUUGAUGAGGUCAAAAACAUCAAAGGUCAUGACCAUGUACUCAAGUUGACCUCCACCCUUCAAGGUGAAAGGUCAGUGUACCUGUCAUUUACAGACGAAAAGGACUACAACAAGUGGAUACGGAAAACCAAAAAGGCUACAGCAAAGCUUCCUACAAAAGCCGAUCUCUCCAACUGUCACCUGGAGUUCCUUCCAGAGACUGUGUUUAUCAAUGACGGACUCGAGAUCCUCAACCUGCGACACAAUCGACUCAAGGCUCGACCGAUUGAGGAGGACAUCUACACCAUCGGUUGGCUCGACGAUCUGCCGAGGUUUACCAAUCUACGAAGCCUGAAUCUCGCGGACAACAGUCUGGAUUGUUUCCCCUUGGCGGUGUGUAAGAUGCGUACGCUGAUGGAACUCAAUCUGGCCAGCAACAAGAUCGAGGACGUUCCACCAACAAUAGUGGAUCUUGAAAAUCUGCAGAUUUUACAUCUACACAACAAUUUCUUGAGCGGUCUUCCGGACGAAAUGUGUCGCAUGCGCCACUUACUGGUGCUAGUGUUAGCCUUCAACCGUUUCUCAUCAAUACCCUCUGUUCUACACCAAUCAAACGAGUCAUCACUGCGGAUUGACAGUCUUAUAAUGGCGGGAAACCGCAUUGAAAAACUGACGCCCGAAGUACUCAACAAAAUCCAGCAUAUAAAAAAGAUUGACUUCCGUCUGAAUAAGUUGACGUUGCCACCAAGUGAAAUGGCGAAGUUCCAUCUUUUAGAGUUAGUUACGCACCUGGAUGUGAGAGAUAAUUCGAUCACGGAUUUGGAUGUUCGUUCACUUCGGAACUUGGAGUAUCUCAACUGUGAACGAAAUAAAAUACAAAGUUUGCAGAUGAGUGGAAGUGCAAUUAAGACUGUGUUGGCCAUGAAAAACGAAUUGACAUCCUUUACUGUCAGUCCAAAACCUGAAUGGCUGGGAAGCCUUGAUCUGUCCCACAAUCGACUGGAAGGCCUGCCAGUUUGGAUCAGCGACUGUUUCUUCCUUGUUCACUUGAAUGCUAGUCAUAACCAGAUCAAGUCUAUACCAGAGCGUCUAUUCUGUGACACCCCUAAACUGAAGGUCCUACAGAUGAGUCACAACAGCCUGCGCGAGCUGCCGUCGGAGAUCGGGAACUCUGUGCUGGAGGAAAUCAGCUUGGAGCACAACCAGAUCUGGCAGCUCCCUCAGGAGUUCUUUGUCAGCCUUCCAAAACUGCGCUACAUCUGCCUGACCAACAAUGCCCUUGAGAUGGUUCCCAAACCAAACGCUACAGGGUACCAGAACAAACUACAAGAGCUGUACCUUUCAGCCAAUCGUCUUGACAAUAACGUGAUCGCAAUCAUCGCCAUGUUCCAAAAGUUGAAAAUCCUGCAUUUGGCGUAUAAUCAAAUCACUGAAAUUCAUGACAGGGAUUUGAGAAAGCUUGAAAGUCUACAAGAGCUGAAUAUUUCCGGAAAUUUUCUCCGCCACUUACCAAAAUGUCUAGGACGCCAUGGAAAGCUGCAGGCUUUAAGGUCCAAUGCCAACCUGAUAAAAGAGUUACCCGACUUCAGAUACUCUCCAAACUUGAAGGUUCUCGAGGUGGGAUCCAAUCGGCUGAUGGAUGUGUCCGUGACUAACCUGAUGGCGUCAAAUGUAAAUCUGCUCGAUAUAUCGGGCAAUCCAGAGAUGCAGGUCAGCUCGACUGAACUACGAGGAAUAAAAACCAAAAAGAAAGUAUGCAUGGUGGACAUAAAGGGUCAGAAUCGCUCCCUACUUGACCUUCGAACUGCGGGCUUCGAUGACCUUGAGAUUCCUUGGCAGAGUGGACUGUCACAAACUUCUGGCAUGAGGAACAAAUUGUCAGUCAGCAUUGUUAAUAGACCAAAAUUCAAUGAAGGCCAGGAAGGAAUGUUUGCUCUCUUUGAUGGAGGUCGAAAUGAUGAGGUCACGAGAAUAUUGGCCAAUCAGAUUACGGCCUUGUUGGAGGAAGAAACAAAGCAUCCAAUCACAUCGCAGGAUUAUCUGAAAUACACCCUCCUUGCUGCUCAUAGGAAGCUGAAAGGGACCGGACAGAAGAUUGGAGCCGCAGCGGCCAUCUGCCACAUUCAGAAACCCUCGUCAGAGACUCCCAGCUACACCCUGACAGUGGCAAAUGUGGGAGACAUUGAGGUGGUCGUGUGUCGACGGGGGGAGGCCGUGGUGAUGAGUCGAUUGUUCACAGUUGAUGCCAACAAAGACGAGAUGGAGCGGAUUUGUAGGACUGGCGGGAUAGUGACGGAGGACAACAAAAUCAAUGGCGUCACACACAACACACGUCUCCUGGGCUCCAGCUACUUGUUCCCGUUCGUUGUUCCAGAACCGCAUGUUAUUAAGACGACACUUCAACCAGACGACACACUUCUGAUCAUCGCAAAUCAAGGUCUCUGGAAGUGCAUGUCAUACCAGGAAACCGUCAACGAAAUCAUCGAUAUACCCGACCCAGUUUUGGCCGCUAAGAAGCUGCAAGAUUUGGCACAGGGUUAUCGAUCGCAAGAAAAUAUCGGUGUGUUGGUUGUUCGCCUCAUGCUGUCGCGAUCAGAACGUGACAGAAUAAAGGGCAAACUUCAAGAACAGUUUGAGCAAGAGCAAAAACUUCUGGUGGAUUUAAAAGUGAGAGAUAUCGAGAGAGAAGAGAUGAAAAGACGAGCAGAGCUUCAGGAGCAGACGGAAAAGAUGCCGAUGGAUAUUGUGAAACUAAAAGGUGCCAAGAAAAGGAAACAACUGGAAAAAGUUUUUAAUGGUAAAGAUGUACCACAUGAUGAAAAUGGCCUUGACAGAGUAACGGUGAAACCAUUGCCUGAUAGUAUUGCCAUACCAAAUGUUGACCCAACGACGAACUGGGAAAUAUUGUUACAGAAGAGGUUAACAGAGGAAGUCAAAGACAAGGAGUUGAUUCAUGCGAUGCGGGCCCAACAUGAAUACGAUCCGUACUUGCCGUCAGUGGAAUCGGAUGACAACUGGUCGACGAGUACCAAACUCAAAGGAGAAUUGAAGGGCAGAAUGGUAACGCUUCCGCCAAAUGAUGACUUUAACAGAUUUUCAAAGCAGCCGCCUCCAACAAGUGUUCAGAGGAGGCAAAUUAUACCAGAAGCGUCACAAAUUUCAACAGAGUCGCUGGAAUUUAAACGGGAGUUGAAGCAUCCGCUCAAUGUUGAUCGGGACGCCGUUUUGUUUCACAAUAUGCAAUUAGAAAGACACAAGCACUUGAACCUGAGCUCAAGGAGCAUUGACUCGAUACAGUCAGAUCCAUCACAUGCAUCCAAUAGGCAGAUUGUGCAGAAAGAGAGAAAGUCAUCGUCACAUAGCAUAGAGGUUCUUUUGCAUGGACCAACAGCCCAGUCAAAGCAACUUUCAUUCGGUGGGUCGCAUAAAUUUGCCAAUGAAGAAAUGAAUGCUCCUGAAAAGAACGUUGAUUCGUGUCCGAUUGACAUUAAUGAAAAAUUACGCAUGUUAGAAGAGAAAGGCUUUCUUUCGAGACAUGCAAAUAGUCCCCAAACAAAAUCUCAAAAUGGCGGACGUAAAAUUUCAAUGGAAGAAAUGGCAGCCACUAGGAAGGAAAGCAAUCAAGAAACUAGACAGGAGAUUCAAAUUGACGAAAAGUCUGGAGAAACAGACGAUUUCGAUUACUUUGAAUUGCUCGACGAUUACGAGACAAUUGAAGCAAUAAGUGAGGAUGUUGACAAAGAAGUCGGUCUUACAAGCCCUGAAACUCAUGAUGUUCCAAAUAAAAAGAAAGCUGGAGAAAGAAUUCCCAUAUUUGAAGAUUUUGUUCAAAAUGGAGAUCAUUCAGAUGCGCUUUAUGCAAAAAUAAGAAAAGAGAAGAAACCUACUACUGUUGAUAGAACAGAGUUAACACAAUCUGUGACGAGAGAAAACACAAAAAUAUCGGACUCUGAUACGUAUAAAAACCAAAUGCAAAAGGACUUAUCAAAAAAGGGAACCAACCAUGACACAAAUAGAAAACCCAACAAUAAUGAUUUUCAUCGCCAGUUAAAAGAAGCCGAUAAAGUGGUAAUGCCUCAUUCACAAAAAGCAAAACAUGCGGCACACCCACCGUCACCUCCUCCAAAGCAAAGAGAAGAAAUUGCCAAUAAAAACUGUGAUACAAGUAAUUCAGUUUCCUCUGUUGCCAAUGUUCGGUCUAUAACACCUAGAGCAGGUAUAACGAAAUUAAAUGUGAAUGUAUCUAAUGUUGCUUCAGAACGUGGACAAGAAACAGUUUUUAAUAAAACUGAAAAUUUUAAAACUGCUAUAAAUCCUGCACUGUCAAUACAGACAAACUCUAACUCAAGCAACAAACAUCAAGAAGUUUGGAAUAAUGAAAAAACAACUAACGGUACUUCCAAUUUGGAAACGGAUGGCAAAGGUGAGACUAUUGCCCCUCCACUUCCACCAAGGGUGCCUUUGAAACCAAACACAACAGUGCAAUCGGACAUUAACUCAAACUCCAUCAAAAGCCUUGAGGACUUGAUCAUGUACAAUCGUCAACACCAACAGCAACAAAAAAUGAGUUACAAGGUCAUACCAAAGGAAGCACCAGAACCUCCGCCAAAAAAAGUACUGGAAUCUACAAUGGUUACCAAAACUGCCAGCCAAAGAAGUAUUAUCAUCACUUACUUGUAGCUUGUAGCCUCUUUGUAAUGUUUUGGUCACCUGUGUCCGUCGUUUGUUGUCGGUCUUGCAUUGUUAAUAUUUGCCGUGUCAACACAAACUAUGGUAAAAUUUUAAAACAUCAUGUGAACACUGUAGAGGUAAGAAACAGUGAUCAACUUUCAUGAAACGUUUUCAAAACAUUUUCCCCAAUAAUAGCAUGACCAAUUUUUUAAAUGGGUUACAUUCGGGAAAAUCUAGGUUAAUCGGAAAAUAAUAAAACACUUGUGAAAACAGGCUGUCAUGUUUAUCUAUCAAUGUCUAUCAAUGUUCUUGAAACAUGCUGAGAACUUUGUCCCAAUUAUUUAUCGGCCGCGUCAAACUGUAUCACGUAGUGUCAAAUUGUGAAAACUCUAUACACCACAUUGAUUACCUAAUCUUCGAAACGGGAUCACUAAAGUCUUGUUGUCAAAAAUUGGUCACUUGGUUAAAUUGAAGAAAAGCUUGUGACCACUCUAGAAGUCACAUGUGUUUAUGCAGUUUCAUAAAACUUUCUGAGAACAAUGUUCCUACUGAUUUCCUCGACGAAUGAGACAUGGGUCCUGUCCAUUAGAAACCCUGGCCGCCAUGAGGCAGUCAGUUUUCCUUAUGUGAUCAUAGUCAAACCAUUGUCUGACCCACUCAUCUUCAUACUUGCUCAGAUCAUUCAAAAAUUUAUAUACCUGAGUUGAGUUUAACCCUUUGCAUGCUGGGAAAGUUGUCGUCUGCUAAAAUGUCGUGUGCAGAAUUUCUAAAAUUAGCAUUUUCUUCGAUUUUUUCCAAGAAUACUAUCAGAAUAGCAAACAGUUUGGAUCUUGGAUCCAAACUGUUUGCAAAGUCCUUCAAAAUUCGGUUCCAGCACUGAAAGAGUUAAAAAUGAGUGUGGUUCGUUCAGAAACAUUACUGACAGAUGUCUUUGUAUCUUUCCUGAUAUGCCGUGAAACCUUGUGAACAGUACGUGCUCAGAACUGUAAAGUUUAUUGGGUUUACACGUGAGUGCCUAACGGCUUUUGAUGUUCUUGUUAGGUGUUGCAAUAUUGUAUCUAUGCAAGAAGAUUGCUUUAUUUUCCUUAUAAGUCUUUUGUGAAACAUUGUUAACAAUACCUGCUCAGAACGUUUACAGAUAAGUGCCUUAAGGAAUUUGGUGCUAUAGUUAGGUGUGGCAAUAUUGUUUCUAUACCAAUAUAUUCAUCAGUACGUCAGUUCAGAAUAUGUAAAGCAUUCUUUGCAGGUGUAUGUACAUACAUGCAAAAUACUUCUUGCGUGUACAAACACUGUGUUAAGUAGUUGUGUUAUUUUUUAUGUACUAUUUUAUUAAAGACAUGGUUGUUUAUUUUUGUACUGCCUUUGUUAUACGUUUGAUUUUAGCGUCAUCUUUUGAACUUAAACAACGUUUAUUUCUAGCAGUAUCUUGUAAUUUGUAACCUGCACAAUUGUAUGUCUAAGUGGAUUUCUGUGAUAACCUUUUUGUAAUGCCAGAUAUAAUUUAACCUUAUUUACUUUUUACUUAAAUUUUAUUUGACUUUCAUCGUUCGUUUUAUACUAAUAAGAUAACCAGAUACACACGUAGAUAGUUUGUUUUUGACAACAUUAGAUGAUUAAAUACAUGUACAGUAGUAAAUGUUAUGUUUUUGUAAACUUUUUCCUACUAUAAAAUACUGUAUCAAUGUUCUCGAUGUGAAUACUUGUAACAUAUUAAUUAUAUCAGAGAAUCCAUCAUUUCACUUAAAAUAAUAUUUCAUAAUAUAAAACUUGUUUAUAUGUUUGUUUUAUUUUAUUGAAAAAUGAAUUCUUUUUUAACAUAUUGUAUUUUACCAAAGUGAUUUUAUAUACGUGUAUGUUUUGUUUUACAUUGUUUUAAAUUAAUAAAUGUACCAAUAUUACUAUACCCAUAAUAUAACAUCAUAUGUUUGAUAUUUUUCUAUGUGAAGUCAUUGAGGGAUUGUUUUCAUGUUACAGCAAACAUUUGCUUUCAAAAAAAGGCGAAAGCACACGUACUUGUACCAAGGCUGGUUUGGAAACAUUAUGAAAUAAUAAUUGUUUCUGUUUGAAUUCAUUUUUUAAAGAGUUUCAAACUUAGAAUUUAAUGUGCGAGCUAGCUUUUAGUUAAUGCUUUACUGUAGUUUAUAGGGAAGUACAAGUGAUUUAAAAGCAACAAUUCAAUGUUUAAAACAGUGAAAAAAUAACAUUUAAAGUGUCUAUAAAUUUCACUCAUUGUUUUGAUUGUAAAUAGGCAGUUUUAAAAGCAGUAUAUACAUUAUUUAUUUUAUGCUUUCCGGUGGUUUGUAGAGAAAUAUCAGUGAAAUAAAACUGGUAUUUCACUGUUUUAAACAGUGAAAAAUAACAGUGAAAAAUAACGAUAUUUUUCACUGUUUUACUGUGAAAUGACGUCCUUUUAUUCGACGAAAUGACAUCAUAAAUUCGGCGAAAUUAUCCAGUUGAACGCUUUUAUUAUGAAAAAAGCAUAAAAUAAAAAGAAAAUUUGUUGGAUUCGAUGGAAUAUCGAUUUUAAUUCACUUGUGAUCAUAAAAAAUACAUAUUUUCACGAGUGGCGCACGUGAAAAUAUUAUUGUAUAUGAUCUUUCGUGAAAUAAAAUCGAUGUUCCAUCGAAUCCAACAAAUAUCCUCUAUUUAAUUUUUUGGUUUUUGGUAUAUAAUUGAUUUUUAUUCUCUGAAGUUCGCAGAAAAUACAUAAUUCCACUCGUGAGAUACUGACUUCUCUGAUCACACGUGAAUAACAAUUGAUAAUCAACAGAAACUAACAAAUAUUCCUUUAAAUACCUUGUAUAAGCCUGUACUGGUAAAUAAAGUCAUCAGUUUCAAAAUAAAAAAAACAAUAUGUGUCUUUAAAAAUUUAAAGAUAUAUUAUUUUACUGACAGUCACUUUUGCAUAAUUAUUUUAAUGUUUUUUUAUAAGUAUUCUUCAAUUAAAUCUUCCUUACUUAUCAAUAGGUUGUUGUUGUUUUUUGGAAAAGUGUGCAUUAGAAAACUUACUGUGUAUCGUAUUUGGAAAUAACGCUGUAGUUGACUACUUUUUAAUUGCUCUAAAACUUGUCUGAUCAAAAAGCGUGUACUUCGAUUUCUUGCAAAAAAUGAUAUUCAUUUGUAUAAUCAUUUCGACAAUAUUGAUUGACAGAACAUUCUAUAAAUAUAAAAGGUAAAAAUUAAAACUGAGUGCUUAAAUAAAAAUGGAUAAUAAUGUAAUAUGUUAAUAUGUAAUAUGUUAAUAUGUUAAUGUGUUAAUAUGUAAUAUGUUAAUAUGUUUAUAAUGUAAUUUGUUUUAAUGUAAUAAGUAGCUUUUAUUUUAAUGGUAACAUUGACAAAUCAGCUAAAGCCAUUUUUAAACAUUUGAACUUAAGUGUGAAUGUGUAUGUAUUUUAGUAACUUACUUAUUAAGACACAUGUUAAAUCAUGUUUUAUGUUGUUGUUUAAAUGUGGCAAUUAUCUUAAAUAUGAAUUAAUACUGGCUAUUAUAUUCAGAACAUAUUGUGCAAUAUUCAAUACUGUUAUAUGCAACGUGAAUAAAUAUUGAUAUAUUGAAA